CCUCUCUCUCUUUUUUAUCCCCAUCCAAACUUGAGGCUGUGGCUAAAGUUAGAUUGGCCUGAGCGCGGGUAUAUAAACCCCCGGGAAUAUACGUAUAACGCGGCUUCACACUGUCUUCUCUUUCUUGAUCAUCCAAACCUCCACUCAUACCGUCUCAAGAUGGCACCAAAGAAGGCCAAGAGGAGGCAGGCAGCAGGAGACAGCGGCUCCUCCAACGUGUUCUCCAUGUUUGAGCAGAGCCAGAUUCAGGAGUACAAGGAGGCUUUCACAAUCAUUGACCAGAACAGAGAUGGUAUCAUCAGCAAAGAUGACCUGAGGGACGUGCUGGCCUCAAUGGGCCAGCUGAACGUGAAGAAUGAGGAGCUGGAGGCCAUGAUCAAGGAGGCUCCCGGCCCCAUCAACUUCACCGUCUUCCUCACCAUGUUCGGAGAGAAGCUGAAGGGUGCUGACCCCGAGGACGUUAUUCUUAACGCCUUCAAGGUCCUGGACCCCCAGGGUACUGGAACCAUCAAGAAGCAAUUCCUUGAGGAGCUCCUGACCACUCAGUGUGACAGGUUCAACAAGGACGAGAUUAAGAACAUGUGGGCCGCCUUCCCCCCAGAUGUUGCCGGCAACGUAGACUACAAGAACAUCUGCUACGUCAUCACACACGGAGAGGAGAAGGAGGAGUAAAGAGAAAGCUAGAAGACAAGAAAGACAGCACUCCCUUUGCUAUUCUGCCUUCCCUGUCCUUUUCUUUUCUCCUCUUCCUCCCUGUUCACCUUCUGUGUUAACCCAUGUGCUCAGCCACUCAUGUUCAAACCAAAGACUUGUCACAAUGAAACAUGAGAGGGCCGAUACCCAUGGGGUGUCUAUGUUUGCUUAUGGGGAAUAGGGAUGAUUUUCAAUAAAAUUAUCCUGUAACAUCA